AAAAAUUUUUUCAUUUUAUAAAUCAUUUUUAUAUAAAAUAAAAAGUUUAGUUUUAAUAAUAAAUAGUGCAAAUAAUUAUAAAUAAUACAAUAAUUAUAAAUAUAAUAUUAAUUAAAAUAAUAACAAAAUCAAUAUUAAUAAUGAAUUAAUAAUAAAAUGGAACAAAGUAAUACAACUUUAUACAAUGACAAUCUAAAUCGUUAUGAAAUACAAGACAAUGCUUUCUUUGUUACUUUUAUUAUAAAUUUUGCGACAAUGCUAGGAACAUUAUUAUUGUUUUGUUUUUUAAGAUCAAGAUUCCCAUUAUUUUUCAACUACAGAUACGAGAAACAUCAAAAAGGGGUCACUAAUAUUUCAGAUAGUGGGUGGUUUGGGUGGAUAUUUGAAACGCUGAACUAUGAUAAUAAAAAAAUAAUAGAUACUUCAGGAUUGGAUGGAUAUAUGUACUUAAAAAACGUAAAAUCAAAUUUAUAUAUAUUGUCAACAUUACUUGUGUUAAGUUCUGUGGUAUUGUACUCAACAAAUUCAAAAGGACAAUAUAAUUCUCACAGACAACCAGAUGAAAACGGAAAAUUACCAGACAAGGUUAUAGGUUUAACAAUUAUAUCAAUGAGUAAUAUCGAAAGAGGUUCAAAUUUAUUGUGGGUUCAUGUAAUGUUUACUUUUAUUGUCACCUUGGUGGUAUGGGUAUUUUCCUUCAAAGAGUACAAGGCCUAUUGUAAAUAUAGAGUUUACUAUAAAAAAGAAGAACGUUUAUCAAACUAUACCAUGAUCCUCAGGGAUAUCCCAAUGAGUAUGUUCAAUAAAGACGAUGUUGCCAUAUAUUUCAAGCAGUAUCUAUCAAAUCCGGAUGAUGUUAAAGAUGUAUGUUUACAAUACCCAGCACCACAUAUUUAUCCCUAUGUGGACGAAAGAGAAUUUUAUAUAAAGCAUUAUGAAGCCGCCAUUGAAGAAUAUAACAGAAAAAGAGUUAGACCUACAAGAAAAUCGGGGCCAUUUGGUUUGUGUGGGAAAAGAGUUGACUCUAUUGACUACUACAAAGCAAAAUAUGAAAAACUUACUUCCAAAAUAGAGGAAGAAAGAUCUAAAGCAGAAAUUCAAUAUGAGCAACAUCAAAGUGAAGAAAAAAAUAGAAAUUUAGAAAAAGCUGAAAAACAACCAGGUGGUACAGGUUUUAUUGUAUUUAAUCAGAAAUCAAUUCAAAAGCAAUUGGUACAAACUGUAAUGCACAAGAAACUUAAUGUUUUAUUUUCACAUUUCUAUGCACCUGACCCAAAUGAUAUCUAUUGGGGAAAUAUCCACAUUGGUAUGAAGUCAUAUUACUUUAGACAACUUAUGGUAAUAAUUGCAACUUUUGUUUUGAUCUUCUUUUGGACCAUUCCGGUAACAUUCAUUUCUGGUUUUAGUAAUUUGGGUACACUAUCAAAAAUUAAAGUGUUCUCUUGGUUGGUUAGUUUAAUAGAAAAAUCCCCAUUGCUUGUUGGUUUUCUUCAAGGUUAUCUUCCCAAUUUGGCUUUAAUUUUAUUUAUGGCUCUAUUAAUACCUAUUAUCAAACUACUAAGUAUUCUUAGUGGUUAUAUAUCUAAAAGCAGGAUAGAGCAAUCAAUAUUUUCAAAGUACUAUUUAUUCUUGGUUUUUAAUGUUUUCUUAGUUUCUGCAAUUGCUGGCACCAUUUUUCAAUCUUUAGAAGCAAUCAUCAACAAUCCUCCAUCGAUCACAUCUACACUUGCAAACGCUUUAGGUGGUCUAUCAUUUCAAAUGAUUAAUUUUGUUUUAUUAGCAGGUACCGGUCUUACAAUGAAUUUACUUCGUCUUUCAGAUUUAAUCAUAAAUCUAUUCAAAUUAAAAUUCUUGGCAAAAACAAAAAGAGAAAUAGAUGAUGCAAAUAAGAGUGAACCAUUUAAAUACGGCAAAACAUAUGCCUAUAAUCUUUUAAUUCUUCAAGUGUGCCUAGCCUAUUCAACUUUGGCUCCGUUCAUUCUUCUCUUUGGAGUUAUGUAUUUCAGUGUAAACUAUCUUGUUAGUAAAUAUAACAUCGCAUUUGUAAACACUCCAGCCUAUCAAAGCGGGGGACAACUAUGGCCAAUGUCGUUCAGACGUACUCUGGUGGGAUUGUUAAUUUAUCACCUUUUAAUGGUUGGAACUUUCAAUAUCUAUCAAUUUUAUUAUGGAAUUUUAGUUGUUAUACCAUUCAUCCUAACUAUUUGCUUUUGGGGAUAUGUAGAGUGGUAUUUCUAUUCAAUUUCGAAGAAUGGUCUUUUGGAUACCUAUCAGAUUAAACAAUAUAAUAAUAUAAUAAACCAACAACAGCAACAGCAAAAUCAAGAAAAUAACAAUGACAAUGACAAUAACUAUGACGUUGUAAAUAUAAAUGAAAGCCAACCACUACUUAACAAUAGUAAUAAUAUUUUACCAGUUUUAGAAUUUAAUGACAAUAGUUAUUCAAUUAUAGAAUAUAAUGAAAAUUUAUAUAAACCACCAUACUAUAACAAACUAAUGCAACCAGAGGAAUUUAUAAACCCCAACUUAGACAUCAAUAACAAUGAUAUUGGUCAAGCGAAUGUAUAAAAAUAAAGUAUUUUAUAUUUACACUCCAUC